GAAAGAGGGUCCGCCAUGUUCCCCGGCGGCGCCGCCGCUUGGCUCUGGUAGCCGCCGCCCCCGCCCCCAACCCCGCCCGGCCCAGCGCCUAGCCGAGCCCCGGGCCCAGCAUGGCCGCCCCGGAGCCGGCCCGGGCUGCACCGCCCCCACCCCCGCCCCCGCCGCCCCCUCCCGGGGCUGACCGCGUCGUCAAAGCUGUACCUUUUCCCCCAACACAUCGCUUGACAUCUGAAGAAGUAUUUGAUAUGGAUGGGAUACCCAGGGUUGAUGUUCUGAAGAAUCACUUAGUAAAAGAAGGUCGGGUAGAUGAAGAAAUUGCACUUAGAAUUAUCAAUGAGGGUGCUGCCAUCCUUCGGAGAGAGAAAACCAUGAUAGAAGUAGAGGCUCCAAUUACAGUGUGUGGUGACAUCCAUGGCCAAUUUUUUGAUCUGAUGAAACUUUUUGAAGUAGGAGGAUCACCUGCUAAUACACGAUACCUUUUUCUUGGUGAUUAUGUGGACAGAGGUUAUUUUAGUAUAGAGUGUGUCUUAUAUUUAUGGGUCCUGAAGAUUCUUUACCCAAGCACAUUAUUUCUUCUGAGAGGCAAUCAUGAAUGCAGACACCUUACUGAAUAUUUUACCUUUAAGCAGGAAUGUAAAAUUAAAUAUUCAGAAAGAGUCUAUGAAGCUUGUAUGGAAGCUUUUGAUAGCCUGCCUCUUGCUGCACUUUUAAAUCAACAAUUUCUAUGUGUUCAUGGUGGACUUUCACCAGAAAUACACACACUGGAUGAUAUUAGGAGAUUAGAUAGAUUCAAAGAGCCACCUGCAUUUGGACCAAUGUGUGACUUGCUAUGGUCCGAUCCUUCUGAAGAUUUUGGAAAUGAAAAAUCACAGGAACAUUUUAGUCACAAUACAGUUCGAGGAUGUUCUUAUUUUUAUAACUAUCCAGCAGUGUGUGAAUUUUUGCAAAACAAUAAUUUGUUAUCGAUUAUUAGAGCUCAUGAAGCUCAAGAUGCAGGCUAUAGAAUGUACAGAAAAAGUCAAACUACAGGGUUCCCUUCAUUAAUAACAAUUUUUUCGGCACCUAAUUACUUAGAUGUCUACAAUAAUAAAGCUGCUGUAUUAAAGUAUGAAAAUAAUGUGAUGAAUAUUCGACAAUUUAACUGUUCUCCACAUCCUUACUGGUUGCCCAAUUUUAUGGAUGUCUUCACAUGGUCUUUACCAUUUGUUGGAGAAAAAGUGACAGAAAUGUUGGUAAAUGUUCUGAGUAUUUGCUCUGAUGAUGAACUGAUGACUGAAGGUGAAGACCAAUUUGAUGAACGGCUCAUAUAUGGCAAUAAAAAAGUAGGUUCAGCUGCAGCCCGGAAAGAAAUCAUAAGAAACAAAAUUCGAGCAAUUGGCAAGAUGGCAAGGGUCUUCUCUGUUCUCAGGGAGGAGAGUGAAAGCGUGCUGACACUCAAGGGCCUGACUCCCACAGGGAUGUUGCCUAGUGGAGUGUUGGCUGGAGGACGACAGACCCUGCAAAGUGCCACAGUUGAGGCUAUUGAGGCUGAAAAAGCAAUACGAGGAUUCUCUCCACCACAUAGAAUCUGCAGUUUUGAAGAGGCAAAGGGUUUGGAUAGGAUCAAUGAGAGAAUGCCACCCCGGAAAGAUGCUGUACAGCAAGAUGGUUUCAAUUCUCUGAACACCGCACAUGCCACUGAGAACCACGGGACUGGCAACCAUAGUGCCCAGUGACCCACGGCUUCCCAGGGACUCUCACAUCUCGGGCCCCAAAUGGACAGAUCACCCCCAGGAUCUGGAGGGGUCGGCCAAGCUGACUGUAAAUGUCACAGUCCCUCUGGAGAAACCAUUGUGCUUUUGAGACCCCAGCCCCCUUCCUGGAUGGAGGCUUGAGGGCCCUGGGACAUGCUGUACUAUCUGAUAAGAUCGGGUCAUCGCUGCCAAGGUGGAGAGCAGUGAGCAAGGGGCUUGGGGCAAUUUCCAGUGGAGGGCAACUACACCUCCAUUUAUGCUUGUGGUUCACACAUUUAAGUUUACAAAUGAGAUUUCUUUUUCCCCUCAGUAGAAUUAGAUUUUGUUUUUUAACCAUGACUUCAAAUGCAAUCCUAAGAGCUAAUGUGGACUUUUUUUUCUCAUGAAAUGUCUUUAAAGGAUGAAUUAGCAUGGUCUUAAAAUACAUUUCUGAGGUUGCUAAGCUGUAUUUUGAAUUAUGGGCAAAAUGCUGAGAAACCCAGUUGGCAUUUAAACAAAAUGCUGACCUCAGGUCUAUAGUUCUUAAAUGUGGCUAAUUCUGUAAUAUAGCCUUGGUAUUUUUCAAUUAUGAAUGCAUAACCUAUUUCUAGGCAGACUCUCUUACUUGAACACAAAUCCAAAAACUAAUUUAGAAUCUUUUUUGCCCAGAUCUUUUGAAAUUUACACCCCAGAGAUUUAAGAAGAAAACCUCUAAAUUUCAAAAUUAUGAAGAAUUACAGAAUUACUCAUUUAAGGUACUUUAAAAGAAGUUUGUACAUUGUCAACGUAAAUUUUACUUCAAAUCAUGUCUGUAAAACUUGACGUAUUUUGUGUAUGCAUGUUUUCAUUUUGCAAAUAUUUAAUAUAUAGACCUAUGAUGUACAGGUACGACAUGUAUAGGUUACCUAGAUGUUAUGAGAAAUUUUAGUUUAUUGUGAGUACUCAAGUUGCUUAAAUAGCCACCAGGGUGAUUUGCUGCUGGCUUUCUAUCAUUUUUAUGUUUUGAUGCAAAGGAAAUUUUAAAAAUGUUCUGGAAGUGUUUUUGAUUAAGCAAUGCAGCAUAGAAGCAAUGGUUCUGUUCAAUCAUUCAGAUGUUAGUGGAAGCAUAAAAGUCAAGAUUGCAUGUUGAACAUUUUCCUUUGAUAGUUACAGAACUGCUUGGUUAAACUAAAUGGAACCAUGUGCUAAUUUUUCACAAUUAUUGACCUGUAUUGAUUGCCACUGUAGUUUGAUAUUUCCCUUUACUUUGGUGGCCUGCUUCCCUCAUGCCCUGGAAUACAACUCAGAGCUCCAGGCAGCGGAACCAUCUAUUGUUUUGUUUGCCAGAAAGUGCACCCUGUAUGGUCUCCUGUCUAAGUUGGAAAUAUUAUGCAUGUGCAGGACUAUUCGAGUAUUUUAUAAACAGUAGCACACAAUAAAUUCCAUGCAUGGGCCGCUGCUCCUA